ACAUAUGUGACAAUUUCAUAUCAGCAACAUGUAUACAAAGAAUGCGGAAGACAUUCUUUAUGAAAUCAUUAAUUAUUCUCAUUAUAUGGAAUUUAUAGAUGACAGUUGAUUACGCAAGUAGCAAAACAGAUGUGUGAAAUUUGUCAAUGCGCUUAACAAAUAGAACAUCAUUCAACGGUACGGUAUAUAAAUGUGGCUACUGCACUGCGGUACAAGCAUUCACAGUGUGAGAGUACCAGCAGCGCAAAAGUUCAACAUGAAGGUAGCAGUAAUGUUCAUGGUCUUGGCGAUCGUGGCGUGCGCCUCGGCCCAGGAAUCCGAACAAGUUAGCUCGGAAAACAAUGAUGGACCAUUAAAGGGUAUGAGAUUCCCCCAUCUUCCCGAUUUUUCUAAGUUGUCUGAGAAGCUUUCUAAAUUGCCCAAAUUGCCAAAAUUGGAAAUACCGAAGUUGCCUUUUGAAAUGCCGAAGUUGCCUUUUGAAAUACCGAAGUUGCCUUUUGAAGUACCGAAGUUGCCCAAUAAGCAAACGCCGACUACGCCUCAGGCACCCAAUGAGCAAACGCCGACUACGCCUCAGGCAUCCAAUGAGCAAACGCCGACUACGCCUCAGGCAUCCAAUGAGCAAACGCCGAAUACAUCUCAGUUGCCCAAUGAUCAAACGCCGAAUACGCCAUAGUUGCCCAAAUUCCAAAUGCCGGAUAUAAAAAAUAUCAUCAUGUCUAAUAUGCUAUUUGAUCUAACGCAAUUAAUUCCAAAGUUGUCAUCCAAAAUACCAAUGGGAGUUCAAAUACUGUGCACGGGUGGUCUAAAAAUAAGUACAUCACUGACUAUGCCAUUCGGAUUGCCGAAUAUUAUGAAUGGUGUGCCUUGUUUGAAUCUGGAAGAUAUCAUGUCUGGUAGGCCAUUUGAUCUGUCGCGUUUAAUUGUUUUACCACUUAAUCUGCCAAUGGAAAAUCAAAUAAUAUAUUGGGAGGUUCUACGAAUAACAACAGAAAUACCAGCACAAACAGAAUAUACAGGCAGAACAACAAUACCGCCACAAACAUCAACGCCGGAAGUACCUCAGUAGAAACCACCGCCGCAGGCAGAUAAAAACAUGAGGCCACUCUAUUGGAUUCAACUUUAUUUGAAAUGGAAAAAUAACAAAAAUAACAAAUUUUAUUAGAAAAUGAUAUAAUCCUUGAUUAUUAUAGAUAUAUUGUAAAUUUGUGUAUAAAGUAGUAUCUAUAGCAAUAAACUCAGUAUCAGAAAAUGUUUAAUUGCAAAAUAAAGUUUUUGAGUAAACAA